AUUGUAAACAUCUUCCACAAGGCAGCUUCCUUCUGGAACUGAAGAGCGUGAUUCGACUGUAGACUGAAGCACGUCUAACUAAGCUUCUCCAAUAAAAUCCAUGGGCGCAGCUGCCAGAAAGUCUUGUGUCUUGUGGGUAUAAGCAAAGUGUAAUAGAGCAACACAGUUUGUAAACCAAGGAGCAGAGCCAGCACUCAACAGGACAGCGUAUAGAAAGACCAAGGGAAUCCCAGGAAGAAACACAGACUCGUCAUCAGACAGUAUUGUUGCCAAAUCUAAAAAAAGGCCAGCCGAUCCAGCCCUUCACUGAUAAAACAGCGGAAGCCUGUCUUUUUAUAGAGUAUAGAGCUCUGCGGCUGGGACUGGGGUCUGUCUCCAAACAGACACUCAGGAGGAGAAUGGAAGGAGUCACCGUCAGGCACUGGCUGAAAUGCCCAGUCCGCUACCAGGCCUGGUUUGUAGAGAAGGACCUGGAGGAAUGCAAGGAGGAGCACUCCUUAUUCGCCCUGCCGGGGCCCUCCGUCCCAGGGCUGAAACUGGGGAGCGAGGGAGCUGCCACUGGAGAGACAGGCAGGGAGCCUGCUUUCCAGGUGCUGUUAGACGUGGCUCAAUUCCGCCCUGAGGAGAUCCUCAUUCAGGUGUACGAGGGCUGGCUCCUGGUGAAAAGCAAGCAUGGGCCCCGGAUGGACCAGCACGGCUUCAUCUCCAGGAGCUUCACUCGCCAGUACAAGCUGCCAGACGGGCUGCAUGCGAGAGGCCUGAGCGCUGUGCUGUGUCAUGACGGGAUUCUGCUGGUGGAGACGAGACACUGAGCUGAUGAAAGAGUUUCAUUCGCUGUUUCAAGAGGCUUUCUUUGAAGUUCGCCCAUCAGCACAAGAAGAGAGAGAGAUUCCAUGUUAAAAGUUGGUCUUGUUCAACAUAUACAGACAGAAACGUUUGAAGUGUUUUGUUAAAGUGGUGAAGGCUGUAAUUACCUGUACUGUUCAGUGUGUUAAACAACGACAUAACUUUAUAUUUCAGUUAAAAUGGAUAGAAAUUAAAUAA